AUGAAGGGUGUUAGUGUAUUGUUCGUCAUAGCAGGAAUAUGCGCGGGAUGGAGCCAGGCUAUAUUUUUGAACCACCGGCCUUUCCCGACGUACAGUUUGGAAAAUAUGCCCCAAACCAGUUUCUCCUGCAGGGAAAAGAUCCUUGGAGGGUACUACGCCGACGUGGACACCCAAUGUCAGAUGUUCCACAUUUGCGUUAAGGUUGCCGGAAUCGGGAUCCAGGACUUCCGUUUCUUGUGUCCCAAUGGCACGGCGUUCGAUCAGGACCAUCAGAUUUGUGCCGAAUGGGAAGACAUAGAUUGCGACGUCAGUACGCUCUAUUACUCCAGCGAUAAUUUCGAUUUGUACCGAUUAGGAUCCGGUUUCGAAUCGAAGGCGCUCAAAUACGGCGAAGAAGAAGAACCGUUCUCAUUACAAAGAGCGGAAACGGGCGAUGCGAGACUCAAUCGCGAACAACAAACUCGAGUGGUCGAUCAGAAGAAAAAACCCAGAAAUUACAACGCCCCAAGGCAAAACUACAACAACAACAACAACAAUAACAACAACAACAACGACAGAGAAAUAUUCAAGAGUUCCAGUUCGUCGAAUUUCUACAACAACAGAAACAACGGUAAAGAAAGAGACGAAGAUUACGACGACAACGUUAAUUACAAUCAAAACAGGGAUUACGAGCAAAAGAGAAAAAUCGUCCAUAGCAAAACCAGACCGGCGCAAAACAAUCAAAACAACAGAAAUCAGAACGACAACAGCAGAAGACAGAACAACAACAAUCAAAGUAACGAUUACAACAGAAAUCAGAACGACAACAGCAGAAGACAGAACAGCAACAAUCAAAGUAACGAUUACAACAGGAAUCAAAAUAAUGAUUACAACAGAAAUCAGAACAAUGAUUACAACAGAAACCAAAAUAACGACAAUAACAGAAACCAAAACGCCGACAACAGCAGGACUCAAAACCGCAACCAAAACGCCGAUUACAGCAGGAAUAACAACAAUAACCAAGAGCCAGUCGCUCAGACCAGACGGCCUUCCACUAAAUUCACCGGAUUCGUUAACAAUUUCGCAGGAAGCUACGAACCAACUACAUCCAAACCAUCAUCAACUACCCUCAACACUGACCAAUACACCACAGCAAUCAACAACUACAAAAACAGGAACAACCAAAGGCACAGGCAAGAUUUCACCGAUAGUCCUGUUUACACCAUCAGCACGCCCGCUCCAUUCAAACAGCAAUCCCAAUACAACUCGCCUCCUGCUAGAACUACUGCUAACAACAAUGCUAAUAACAACAAUCAAUACUACAGUAGUACCGCGGCGCCUCAGAAGAAAAUUAGCACCACCUACGAUGAUCACUUCGACAUACCUAAAAUCAAAUCGGCUACCAGCACUACUCAGAAUUACAACACCCAAUACGAUGUAACUAAAACCAAGCAGACUAGUAGUAGUACUAACAACGAACGGAAAACCACCCCCAGUCAAUACGAAACGACGAAAAUCAAGCAAAACUUCAACUACAAAUCGACGGUGAGCGACAAAACCGAAAACUACCCCAGCAACAAUCCGAAAUACACCGGCACCUUCGAGAAGAAAUCCACCACCCCGUACAGGCAGAACGACAACCGUCCGACGACGUUGAGCCCCAAACCGUUCAGUUUGAAUUCCAACACCAACAGCAAUUUCCCCACGACUUUCGCGCCGAGAACGAACGCCGUUUACAACCAAAUCGCCCAGCAAACGGCCGCUUUCAACCAGAACAGGAACCAGAAUCAGAGCCCUUCGACGUUCAGCAGCACCCCCAGGGCGACUCCCUUCACCCAAUACACUCCAACGAUUCCCAAGCUGAGCUCGACCACUCCUGUCAGCAGGUCGCAGUUUAGAGUAUCUAAAACGGACUCAAAGAUAUUGGAUAUAAAAGUUCUGAGAUCGAAUCGCUUCGACGAGACCCAAUACGACGACGGCUCCUACAGCUCGAAGUACGACUACGAUGGCGACAGGAGAGACGACGAGUUCCUGAAGACGGCGCACAGCCAGAACAUCGCGGCCAGCCGAAACGAGCUGUCCAGAACGACCAAGUUGCCGGCGCAGCAGCCCCAGCGGACGGCUCCCGAGGCGCCCAAGACGAGCAAGCCGCAGGGCGCCCCCAAGCCGCAGGAACAGCCCAAGGGCGUCGCGCAGCAGCCCCAGAAGAAGGCGCCCGCGAAGCCGGUGAAGGACGUCAGUUACGAUUACGCGUAUUACGAUUCGCACGUGGCCAGCGAGCCCGAUUACGAGAUCGAUACCGAGAUCAAGAAGUCGACGGUGAAGAAUUAG